AGCACGAGGUUCAUAGUACACUCCACACACACACGCACGCGCACACACACACACACACACACACACUGAGAGUUUUCCUGCUCAGAUUCUGCUCCAGCUGCUCAGCAGACACACAAACGCACACACACACACUCACACACACACUCUGAGAGUUAUCCUGAACAGAUUCUGCUCCAGCUGCUCACCACACACACACACACACACACACACACACACACACACCAUAAAGGUGCAAAAGGAACUCACCUGGAGGAAAGUUUUUAAAGCAAUGAAAGACAGCGAGCCGCCGCUUCUUCUUCUCCUCCAGCAGGUCUGAUCUCACGCAGGAACAGGACUGGAGUUCUCCAACACUCCGAUCUCACAGAAGAACCUCGUCUGAGGAACAUCUCCUGAUCUUAUCUGAGAGGAGCUGGAACAGGAACUCUGCUGGGACGCUCCACAGGACGGGUUUCUGCUGUAUUACGCUUCAGUUCAUAUGAGUAUAUUUUUGGAUGGAAAACUUCAGGAUGAGACUCUUCCUCCUCUUCCACCUUCUCUCCUUUCUCCUGCACAGGGCAGAUUCGAACGCGAUCAUUGGGCUGUCCAAGCACAUCGAGCCCAUCCUCAAUGCCAACACAGUGUGUCUAACACUCCCGGGCCUGACGAAGAAGCAGAUGGACAUGUGCAUGAGAAACCCGGACGUCACGGCCUCAGCCAUCCAGGGCAUCCAGAUCGCCAUCCACGAGUGCCAGCACCAGUUCAGGGGGCAUCGCUGGAAUUGCUCAAGCCUCGAGACACGAAACAAGAUUCCUUACGAGAGCAUCGUCUUCAGCCGAGGGUUCAGGGAGAGUGCGUUUGCAUACGCUAUCGCCGCAGCAGGCGUGUUACACUCCGUCUCUAACGCCUGCUCAUUGGGGAAACUGAAGGCAUGUGGCUGUGAUGAGAAGCGGCGUGGAAAUGAAGAAGUCUUCCGUCAGAAACUGAACCGACUGCAGCUGGAGGCCAUCCACCGCGGCAAAGGCAUGGUGCACGGAGUGAUGGAGGAGCGAGGGGGUGUCGUGGAGGACCAUGGGGGGACCAGAGGGGGCGGAGCCAUGGAGGAGUGGGAGUGGGGGGGAUGCAGUCCCAAUGUGGAGUUCGGGGAGAAGUUCUCUAAAGACUUCCUGGAUUCGAGGGAGACCUACAGAGACAUCCACGCCCGGAUGAGACUGCACAACAACCGCGUAGGACGACAGGUGGUGUUGGAUCACAUGCGGCGGAAGUGUAAAUGUCACGGCACGUCAGGAAGCUGCCAGCUUAAGACGUGUUGGCAAGUGACCCCAGAUUUCCGGCUAGUGGGCUCGCUGCUGAAGGAGCGCUUCAACCUAGCCGCACUUAUCAAAACACACAACCGCAACACGGGCCAAGUGGAGCACGUCCCUCAGCAUCAGCAUCAGCACCACCAUCAUCAUCACCACCAUAAUCAUCAUAACCAUCAAAACCACCAUCACCACCAUCCCCCGCAGCACCAGCGGCGACGCAACAACGCCAACGAGCUCGUCUACUUCGAGAAGUCUCCAGAUUUCUGCGAAAGGGACCUCGAGUCGGACUCGGCGGGGACGCAGGGACGCAUCUGCAACAAGACGAGCCAGGGCAUGGACAACUGCGAGAGCCUGUGCUGUGGGCGGGGACACAACAUCCUGCAGCAGACACGACGCGAACGCUGCAACUGCAAGUUCCACUGGUGCUGCUACGUGGUGUGUGAGGAGUGCAGGGUAAACGAGUGGGUCAGUGUCUGCAAGUGACAACAGCUAAAACCUGUAUAAACAAAUAAAUAUAUAAACGUCCAGUGAUGGGGAGAGACAAAAGGGCAGGACAGAGAUGAUGGACGAGAGACAUCAGACAUUUUCCCAACGGACUGCUAGCAUUCUGAACUCUGUAGCGGAACAGAGAAUAAAGAACCACUUGUUGGAGUGUAAAAGCUGGUGUACACUACGUGUAACUCCGCCCCCUCGUGCCCACUCUUGCCCACCUGCUCACCCCAUGAUGAGUCCACUCACAGUAGUUCUGCACUGUGUCAUUUCAGAAAAAAAGUAUUUUUAAAUGAAAUAAGUUAAGGUUAUUGAUAAAAAAAUAUUGUGGAUGAUCACUAGAGAGCACGCAGUAACAUCGUUAGGGUUUAGCGUUUGUCUUUAAAGAUCUCAGCGUAGCAGCAACGGAGGUGAGUGGCUCUCUGGUACUUACUGGAUGAAGAAGACAAAAGAUCCACCAUAUUAAUCCACCAUGCACAGAGCCUUCGGUUAACUCCUACAUCUUUAUAUGUUUAACACUUUAUGUGUACCACAGACUUGUUCCAGACUGUAAGCCACGCCCACAAAAAUUCUGAGACAAACAAGCAAUAUACACGUCGUUUCCUUAUAUGGGCAUUUUUAUUUUCCAUAAAGUUUGUACCGUCCCUUAAUUAGUAUUGCCAUGGUAAUUAACAAUGAUUACCAUGGAAACCUUGAUGUUCAGUUUAUAAGGAGCUUCUCCACAAAGCUGACAGUACUGCAGUUUAUCACAUGCAGUGUGAAAUGAGUGUAAGUUCCUACCGUAAAACCCCUGCAAGUUCUUCAAGGGUUCUUCAGGGGUUCUUCAAGGGUUCUUUAACAACUAAAGAAGUCCCAGUGACGCCAUUUUCUCACUAGCUAACUUCCCAUCCUAGCUACCAGUCAUAUGAAGCCAGUGUUAAGUACACAUCAAUGUACUGUUUUAAUCCUGAUCGUAAAUAUUGGCACCCAGUUAAGAAGCACAGUUUCAUCAUUCAGGACUCAAAUGCUGUAGGUUAUUAUUACUUCUCUACUAUAAACAAUAUUAUGAUACACCUGUACUCAUUACAUAAGUGAUUACCUAGCUGUUAGCCAUCAGGUAGCUUCAUAGUGAUGGUAACGUGAUGGAAACAUGAGGCAUGAACGUGACAGGAACACUUUCUCCUUUAACUAUGAUGAUUCUCAGAAGCAUAAUCUUUACUCUGUGGAUGAACCCCUAAUCCUGGGCUCUUUAGCUGUGCUGUAAUCUCUUAACGACGACCUGCGGCAUGCCGAGCGCGAGCGGGGAAACCCAUCCUAACGCCAAGGGGAAUUCUGCUGGAGAAAACAAACACACACAGCUCCUCACGGUUCAUCGGGCAAAAGCACUAUGCGUUUGAGUUUAUCCGUCGUUCUGACUCUCGGACGUGAACCGUGUCGUCCUCAGUGGAACUGUUUGCACAUUCAGAGCAGCUCUGUUCUCCACAACCGACUGACAUGAACUUCUGCCUCCACCCGUAACAUACAUUUCUUUUGUAUUUUUUUUUCUUAUUUAAAAUUGUAUAAUGUUUUAAGUUUAAUUGUAUAAGUUAUUUUAUU